UGCGUUCUUCCGUCAAAGGGCUAAGACAACUCGAGCUAGUGGAGUCGCCUGUCGAGAGUGAAAUAAAAUCAGUGCAGGAGGAAUGAGUGCGUCACUACGUAAUUGUCUGUGAGUGAAAACAUUGUUUGUACUUAUUGCUAUGCUUUUCGCAACUUGUGUGUCAAGCUGGCCCUCCGCUUUGUCAAAGACAAGCUCUGCUUGAGAGCGCCCACUUAACGUCAGGCACGCUGCGUUCUUGACCCUGUGAAGUGUAUCCUCGGUAUUUACGAGCAACUUACUUUUAUUACAGAUGUCAGCAAAUCGACUCGGUAUCAUCGUUGGUCACCUAAAAGGUACCAGCACGCUUCAGGUGUUCGAGGAUGAAGGCGUCCUCGAUGUCGCUGGUUCGGGCGAAACAGCGCCUGAGACCAAGUAUCGCUUUACGCUCGACAAAAACAACGGUCUCUUAUCAAGAGCGCAGAGAACACAGUAUGAGGCAAAUGGUUUCAUCAUUGUUAAAGGAAUAAUUUCGAAUGAAGAGUUGGACCAUUACGCGAAAAGAUUUGACGAUAUCGUCCGUCAACGAGUUCAUGUACCCGGCCUCGCCAAAGUGAAAGAUGUGUCUGUUAAAGAUCAAGAGUCGAGCACGUUUGUCGUCAAUAAGCUUCAGGACAUUUUUAUGGACGAUGAGCUUUUUGCAUAUUGCCGCCAUCCUAAACUUCUAGACUAUGUCGAGAACUUCACGGGACCAAAUAUAAUGGCUGUUAACUCGAUGCUUAUCAACAAACCUCCGGAUUCCGGGAGUUUGACAUCCCGCCAUCCGCUUCACCAGGACCUACAUUACUUCCCGUUCCGUCCGGCGGACCGCGUCGUUUGCGCCUGGACAGCGAUGGAAAGCAUGAAUCGUGACAAUGGUUGCCUUGUCGUUAUUCCUGGUUCGCACAAGGGAGCGUUGCUUGAACAUGAUUAUCCCGAUUGGGAAGGUGGAGUCAACAUAGCCUAUUACGGUGUCAAAGGCGCUUGUGAUGUCACGAGCCGUCGAGUCUUCCUGCAAAUGGACAAAGGCGAUACCGUGUUUUUCCAUCCGAUCCUGAUCCAUGGUUCAGGAGCUAAUCGUUCUCGCGGUUUUCGUAAAGCGAUCUCAUGCCACUACGCCGCUUCCGAGUGCGACUACAUCGAUGUCACCGGCACUACUCAGGUCAACAUUGCCAAGGAAACCAUGAAAAUGGCAAGAAUACGCGGGUUCCUGCUUGAGAACUUCGAGGAUGCCUACCGAUUCCGCUCACAACUCGUACGCGGGAAGCGACUCACUCUCUAAGACGUCCAUCAAUACGGCCGUCAACCGUUCCGGUAGAGGGAUGCGUGUACGCAGGUAGUUGAGUCGCCACGAGGUUCACGGCUUCUGCAGUUGAGGCCACCGAAACUUCACCGUCCGACGUCAGGCAAGGGCCAAUGGAUGUACUGUACAAUAACGUAAUAAAACACUGUGGUUAAUGCU